CUUCAUCGUCCCAAAGGUCAAGUGACUUCUGCCUCGUUGGAUUUAUUACUCGUGAAAAGUUAAACUUAAGUUAGUAAUAGAAUAGUACUAGUGCUCGUGGUCGGUGGCUUCUUGUUCUAGAUGCUGACCAUGGUGCGCUCAAAAGGCGAGAAGCAUCUUCUUGUCUUCUUGGCGAUGAAAUGAUAUUGCUCCUGUACCUGUGCUGCUAUUCUAAUGACAGGUGCGGAAUAAAAAAACAAAACCGCAAAUUAAGUAUCCCUCUCUGCUAAGUAACGUUAACGAAUCCAACGAACAAGCUGUGUUUUGUGAAGAUCGUACCCCGACCUUUGCAAGCACAGUAGCUCAACAUCGCUUGUGCCUGUCCUCUGUGCAGAGUCACGCGCUUUGUAACAUUUGACCGGGUACGGGAGUUUGUGAACUUCUUCAACGACAAGCAAGCCUAAAGACCACGACUCCGACUCCCAAGAACUUUUUUAUUCUGUAGUACAAAAAAAAAUUUUCAAUUGUAGUCUGAAACUUGUUCCAAGCACACACAAACAAGACGAAAUAAAGAAGUCUGCUACUCCGGGGACUAAGAAUAAAGAAAUCUUGUCAAGCUUUUACGAUAAAUCGCGAACUUUACGUAUGAAUUUUGAAUUUAACGCGGACACAACUCUCAACUUUUUUUUCACAUUUUUUUUUCACGUUUUUUUUUUCGUAUUUUUUCCCCUUUUUUUUGACGAACACGAGGUAGAAGCUGAAGCAGCAGGAAGACAAGUAAAAGGAAAAGUCGCCUUUUGAUUUAGUUUUUUAUGAGCUUGCUGAGCAGCAAAUCCAAAAUGAAGACAAUGAACAAAGCAAAAUCUGGGCGCCUACUUCUGCCCGGGUUUCUGUUCCCUCUCUCCGCGGUCGUGCCGGGGUGUUUCUACUUCAGCUUAGCACCGCAGAACGCGCAUGCAAUGCGAGUCAGGAGGGCAGGGGAGGUGAACGACGUGGAACCCGAUUUGGGCAGGGGUCCAGGGGAGGAUGGAGGACUUUCUCACGGGUCGGGUCGGGCGGUGGAAAAAGAAGGACGAGUGCCCACCAGCGCGCUCGAGAACCGACCGGAAACAAGCGGACCGACAGCUGGGCCCGUAGUUGCUCCGUCUCAGCCUGCAGCCAAGCGUCGCGUAUCAAAUGUAAAAAUGUCUGGGUCUGGAACGUUGCAACUUGUCGUGCUGUUUUUGGACUCUAAAAAGAUUUGUAUUGCAUGACCAGCAAGAGGGGUGCAGUUUUUGCUACACGGACGGGCCAUUUGUCAUGCGGAGGGUGCAUCAGGAAGCCCUCUAAAAGUCUGCGAUGCUAGGUCGAGCAUUACAGGCAUCAUGGGUCAUGAGAAAUAUGCAUGACAAAUCAUGCAUUUUUCUUCCAGACCCAGACAUUUUUGCAUUUCAUAUCGCGUCAAAUACGGCAAUCUUCGCGGAACAGCUGCACGCCGUGCGGCAGAGGAACAGCCAGUGGCGACCGCCGCGGACUGUGCUGAAGGAAGCGAAAAUUAUGGAACACCGGCGUGCACGCAUGCGGCGGUUCCCGGUGGAGAAGUGGAUGACCACCAGCCGAGCCACUCCUGGCUUGGCAAGAACCUUUUUCCGGCAGAACCCGGCUUCUCUUUUCCCUGGUCCUUGUUGGGCUACGCGACCCCGAAAAAGGAAGAGGACCAAAUAAAAAAGCCACAGGGACAAGACGUUCCUGGCGCCGCCGCGACCGCCACGAUAGUAUCAAAUCAAGAGUGUCUGGGUCUGGAAGAAUGCAGGGACAGGCUUUUGUAGUGCUCGGCCGGCACGACAGACACAGGGACAGACUUUCGAGUCCGUCAUGCACGUUGGUACCCAAAAGGCCCGUUUUUCUGUCAUACAAAAACGCAGUUUGAAGCGCAGAUGAAUCCAUAGGCAGCACGUAAGAAGCCCGAAAGCUAUAAUGUCAUUCGGCAGAGGGCUGGCAAUAUUUUGAGACGUCCUGCUCGUGAUACUCCGAGUUUGUAUUAGCAUCACAAGCCUUGUUACCCAGACCCCGGCGCCGGCAUGUUUGCAGUGCAUAUACUAAGCCUUCCAACGAAACGCGAAUUACCGCUGCGGUAGACGACAUCAUGGGGCGACCAAAGGAAGCAAGAGCUGCUAAACAGAGCGCCUCAUCGAGCAUUCAUCCUCCAGAGCAAACAACAAAUCCUACCACUCGGUGGGAGCCCGCUUCGUUUGCGCGUGUACGGAUGGAACAUAACCAGCAGCAGGGCACUUCUGGGAACGAAGAUCAGGAGUCCUCAUCCACCUCCCUGCUGGUGGCGAAUCAUGCGACAGUCGGGCACCAGUCGGACGGGCGGCUGAAAGAAAAAGCGUCUUCUCCCACUAGUACCGAGAAAACCCAAGUCCAGCCAAGCCUUUCUUUUUCACAGCCGUCCGCCCCGGCUCAGCAAAAACAGCUUCCCGGCGGGGCUCAAACUGCUUCUGACGCUUUGUCGCCCGCACUGCUGCCGAUUUCGGUCACGAACAGUUCGAGGAACGAGGCAUCACAAUCACGCAAGAACGCAGAGCAUUAUGCAACGAAAAAAGUGUUACCGUUACACAUUUUUGAAGUGCUGCAGACCAUAUUACAAGACAGACAUCAGGUUCUCUCAUGCCGGAUUACAUUGUACUCAGGAGCCUAGUCGUGAUGUAGCCAUACGUGUUUUUCCAUUUCUUGUGUAUGAUAUCUAACACUGCAAGUUUUCUGUGUCAUGCGGAUAUAAAUAAAACGCGUUGUGCUGCUGUUGAAGCUACAGCAAGUGUGUAAGUGUAAGCAGUUUUUUUUUCGUCGGGAUACUAAGCAGGAAAUGAGUUUUGUACAACAACGCUACCACAACUUUUUUCCCACAGCGGAACAAGCCCGCCGGCGUGGCCCUGGAGGUUCCAUCACACCUGCAUCCACUGCAACUGCGAUUUCAGAAGUCAGAGACGCACCUGCUAGAGGGCAGCAUCCUGAACUGCUUAGCAACUCGGACUUGACGAGCAGGCUUCUCGCAAACAGUACUGAGCUGAGCUUUCUUCAACACGCGUCAAAAUCAUCCCAGGAUGAAAAAAGUGACCCGGUUGCUAAGACCAAAUUGUGGCACGCACAGGUGGUAUAUCGCGUUACGCAAGAAUUGUGGAUUGCUUGCCAGGUUGCUCCCGAGACUAUGCGCUACCUGCUCGAGAACGCUCAUGUUGGUGCUCAUGAUCAUCUCUCGUGCGAUUUACAUUCACCAGCAGAUGAACAAGAACUUCGAGGUGGCUGUGCAUUGCAAAUAUGUUCUGUGGGCCUGGAAUAGCCCGAGUCUGUCCUUCUAGGUCUGGGCGAGGACGCACGAAUGAAUCUGUAUUGCUUGAGCACAUGAUGAAAAAGCGGCCCAAUUUUGGGCGCCCGAUGAUGUUGCCUUCUUCUUGUUCAGGAUAAUGAAUUAAUAGGCAUCGCGCAUUGACCUUCUCAAAGCUUGUACGGCUACACCAGCUCGCAUUCCAGCCCAGACCUUCACCUUCUGGGCAUGCGAAACCUUCGAGACAGAUCUUGCAAUCUUCCAGACAUGACAUAGACGCAUUUGCAAUGCAUAAUCGCCCCCAGAAAAGAGGAGCUGCAACAGCGGGAUCGUGCUCACCAUGCGAUGGCGAAAUCUCUGCGAGAGAAUGGGUCGGAAAAUUUGUGCACCCAGCAUUGUCUGAGGACGCCGGGAGCCGCGCUGAAGAAAAUAAUCAUCAUACCGUACGUCCCCUUUGGAGCAAUGUUGAUGUUGCUGCCAUGGGCCGCACCGAGGGCAGUGCAGACGAAGGCGACAAAGAGAGCCUCAUACUCUACGAGGGCGAACCCGGGGGGAAAGGAACGGUUGGCGAGGUGUGGACGGAGUUUCACUCGACAAAAAGGGCUGCGGAAGAAGCGGGCAGUGCCCUCACUAGUAAUUUGCUGAAUAAUAAGGUGUUCGGUGAUGAUGAGUACGAACAAGUGCUGAAGGUGGUUGAGUGCGCAGAGAAUGACGUGAAGUGCAUGAAAGAAGUGGCGUGGACAGAAAUUUUGCUUAACUUGUUGCUGAGCCACGGACGCACCGACGUGCAAGAUUGUGUUGCCCGGGUCCCGCGAGUCUUUGUGUCUUACGUCUUUGCCCGCACCGACGAGGACGAGCUAGAUUUUGCUGAGCCGGGCCGGCUCCGUUUUCUUUUUUUCGUGGAGCGGGUGAAAGUUGUUCUCGCGCCAGGAUUUGAGGGCACAACGCAGCAAGACAGUGAGCACCUCCGGAAAAAUGCGGACCACUACGUCAGCCAGCUACACUUUUGUCUGGAGCGCUUCGCUGCAGCAGGCAUUAUUUUGAACGACCUAAAGCCCCGCAACAUGGGCUUUGAAAUAAUUCAAAAGACGAAGAACGAGGCAGAGGGCCAUCAACCCGAGGGCCAGACGGCUUCGCCUGCGUGGAAACCUCACCAACCCAGGCAAUUUGAUUUUGAUCUUGCGUCCAUUGUCAACAUGGACGCCGAUGCCCGCCGUAAUAAUGCGGCAAUGGUAGUGGUGUUGGGGAAUCCUGUUGUAUCCGGACCGAAUAGCAAAACCGAAUGUGAAACGCCGGGCAGCGAUCAGCUUCUUCGCGAAGGUCAGUGCUCCGUAAAUUUUGACUCAACCCCCGGCUUUUUAAGCCCGGCGCGAAGCGAUGAAAAGUGCAAACGGCUUGACUCGGUCCGUCGCCUUUCCAGAAAGCCGGCGCUCACACAACCGCCCGCGCGCUACACCCCGAAGUCGGAUCUUUUUGCCGCCAGUCAAACUAUUAUGCAGCAUCUGCAGCCGGCGCGCGGUCCUGGCGGCCCCCUUCUAAGCCUGGUUUCUCCGGGCCGCACUUUAGCGGGAAACCACCUGCCCGUGAAUGAGCUUGAUGCUCGCGGCGAAAAAAUUCCGGAAAUUUGUUUCAAAGCAAAAGAAAUGAAAGGCGGGGUAUUUACGGAAGAAGAACUUCAUGACCGCGCGCAGGAGGUCUUCUCUUUUUUAAAAGAUCAAGGUGAGGAGGACGGGUUGCAUUUGCGUGACGAGUCGAAGAUGCUAGUUGCGCAGCACAUCCGCCUUGGUUUGAAACCGGAGCUGGACUCUCACACGAGCUUGGAAUCCCGUGUCUCGGCUGAACCCAGCACAGGCUUACGCCGAAUGGUGGCAAAUUUCGUUGUGGACAAAUUGCGGGCUGCUUGUGAAGAAGCUCCGCAGACCAUGGGCAACUUGCUCGUGAACGGACCCCCACCAUGCGAAAGCGAAAAAGUUCAGUUCGAACUAUGGGUCGAAAACUUUGUUAUCCCUGCGACGUCUGAGGACACGGGGGCCGUCAGUGAAGGAAAUAAUCGUCAUACCGUGCAUCUUUCGAGCGAAGCUGUUGCUGCCAUGGGCCGCCAAGAGGGCAGGCCCGAUAAAGACCAGGCGGGGUACACCAUAUCCUACCAGGGCGCGCCCGGGGGACGUGGAUUGAAUGGCAAGGUUUGGACGGAGUUUUUGUCACACAAGACUUCUGUGUCCACCGCCUUUACAACUUCUUCGCUAUCGCUCAGCAGCACCAAUAUCAAGAAUAAGGUGUUCGGCGAUGACAAGUACGAACAGGUGCUGAAGGUCGUCGAGUGCCGAGACAGCGACGCGGCUUGCGUAAAAAAAGUGGCGGAAAGCGAAAUUUUGCUAAACUUGUUGCUCAGCCAUGGGCGAACCGACGUGCAAGACUGUGUUGCCCGGGUCCCGCGGGUCUUUGUGUCUUCAUCGCCGGACCCGAUUGCUCGCUUUCUAUUUUUCGUGGAGCGGGUCGAGAUUAUUUCGCCAAAGCUGGGCAACGAAGGGCCGGCCGGUGCAGAAGAUGGAGAUGGGAUUUGGUGGCGACACCAUUUGAGCGAUGUGGCCGGCUAUGUCCAGAGGGCGCAUGGGUGUUUCGAGCAUUUUGCUGCUGGUGGAAUUGUCUUGAACGAUGUGAGCCCAUCGAGUGUGGGACUCGAAGCAGAAACACAAACAGAGGGUGGGGAAGGCUCUGACUCGGGCUCUGACUUCAAAUCCAAUUCCAAGCCGAGAUUUCUUAUUAACUUCGACGCAGCGUCCAUUGUUAACGCGCGCGACCACUCCGGCCAGGCUGGAGAAGUGGGUGCGGUGUUGCUUGGGCUCCCCGUGUUCAAAUCGAGGGAAGAUUGUGUGGCGCCACUACAGCUGCUCUCGUCCGUCGGCCCGAGUGGUGGUUCCCAGUGCCUCGACUUCGACAAGCUUCCUGCGGUCGGCCUGUACCAAAGCCCCGCGCUCGCCGAAGAAGAUUGCCGGCAACGUGCUGCCGUAUUCUGGCGCGCCGGGCAGCCAUUCACAGCAUUCCCCUCGCGGUACAGCCCCAAGUCUGAUCUCUUUGCCCUCAGCCUGACCAUUGUGGAACAGCUACGAGGACCGACUCCGCGCCCGGUGGCCUCCCGCUUCUCGGGCGAUGCGGGGCUAGACACCGCCCGCGCUUGGCUUUUUUUACAUUGCCCGUCCGCGGUAUUACAAGAAUAAAAAGCGUUGGCCUUCUGGCUUCAAGUUUUGUUUUCCUGUUUUGGGCGAAUGCCUUUGUGGUGUGUGGCGACGGCCCUUCUUUUUCCUUCUCGCAGCGCAAGGCCGUCGGGGGGUAGCUAGGUAGGUAGGGAAUGAAGUGCCCUGCCCGGGCUCCAGGGGCAUGAAGUUCGUAAGGCGGUUGGCGGGGGCACAGGCGGUCGGUUACUGGUGACAAAAUCCGCCUGCCAACGCGUCGCAGCCACCGGCCCCGGGAUGGGCGGGUGGCUUGGAAGGGUUAGGAAAAAUGGGCCAUAGAACUCUGUCGAAGUAGCUAGGCAGGCAGGGCGUCCGCGGUUUUUUUGGGGUAUUGGAAGGAAAAACCCGCGGAAAAGGCCCCCGGCGUUGGAAGAGCAAAAGCGGCAAGCCCGAAAAAACCGCGAACGCCUUAUCUAGGCAGCGUGGGCGCCGCGAUCUAUUUUCCGCCAGGGGAAGAACAGGGGCGGGCCCGGGGGUACGCGAUCGGGGCAGCUAAAUUGAUUAUCAUUAUAGUGCGUUGGCCAGUAGCUAGGGCGGGGGGGCGUUUCUUUGUGAUUUUUGUGGCCAUUCCCACAGGUGGUAUGUAGCAGGCCCUCGGCAGCGUCAGACGAUCGCGCCCUCGCGGUCGUCUGCGGUUUCUUUGUCGGGCGCCGGCAGAUGUUUGGCACAUUUUUUGCGCCUCAGUUCCAACCGUCCUCGACAAGAGAGAUGAAAAAACUUGGCAUGAUUCUCCAAAAACUCCGGGGCAGGAACUUGUAAAGCCGCGCAGUGCUGCUGAACCAGCGUCGGCGCCAUGGAUGCAGAUGCCGACCUUUACGCCCACAAGCCGGUCCGGGCACCGGCCGCGGCCCGAGGUUCGAUUGACUGCCCUGGCCUGGCUCUAAGGGCCGGCCGGCGGCGAGGGGAGGGCUGGCAUGCCAUGCGGGGGCCCCGGUGCGCGGAGUCGUGUGCCGUCAUAUCUCGGUGGGCGCUAGCUAGGCCGGGCCAACUGAGCUGCCCCACGCACCCCCCACCUGGACGGCUAGCGCAGGCAUAGAGGGGGGGGGGGGGGGGGCCGGCCUGUAUGUUACGCGCCUACUUCCUUGAUUACGCAGACGCAGGAGAGCCCGAAACAAAAAAACUGAAGGCCAUAUGGCCAGCGCUUUCUGUGCUUUUCUCCCGAUACGCCGCGGACAGCGUUUUCACGCGGGCAGAGCUCGAUAACCAUGCGAAAGAGGUCGAGAACCAUUUUCGCGCUGUGUCGCAGGGUGCUGGUCCGUUAUCCUUAAAACAGGUCCCAGGAAAGUUCGGCCGAAGUUUCGAACCGGUCCCCCGAGGAUGGGUUCGGCUUAUUGCGCAGCACAUCCGCCUUGGCUUGGAACCGGAACGGGACUCGUACACCCUCCUGCCCGAUGAAAGCUCCGCGGCGUUGGAGAGUCGCCGUCCUCCGUUGGAUGGUGCGGGGAGCAGGCGGCCUUGAGUGUAAAACAAUCAGGGCCAAGAUUUGCACAUUUGCCUUUGCGCGCCGUGUAUCUGUAAACUGGUAGACAAGGCGCGCAACGAAUGCACGACAGGCGGGGCUUUUAUUUCACUUUCCCACCUUCUCUGUUUUGUUACAUGCCUUGCUGUUCGUUUGGUAUUAUAUGCCUUUGCAAUCUACUCAGCACCCAAAAUGAUAGAAAUAUAAUUUUUCAAAGUAUCGGUAAUAUCAGCGUUUUAAAAUAAAUUAUAUCGAAGGCAUUCCGACGCACAAACUAAAUUUCUUUUCUAAACAAGUAUUGUAGCUCCACCAAAGUUUGUUCACCUGGAUUGUUUGAGGGCGCACGUAUUUUUACUUCUUGACGGCUAUGAUUUGAAUUUUGCAGCUGCGAAAGGGAAGGCAGCUGCUUUCUUCCAUUCAUUCAGCCAUGCCUGUUGUAGUAGGGCAUGACGAUGGACUACACGUCGGACGCGACGAACGGAGCGGCGCUGCGCAUGAGCCUGUCUUUUGGGUACCCCCCUCUAGUGUAGGCGCGCAGUGUUGCCAGCUCCACUGAAGGAAACUGCGGUCGCAUGAUCGUGGACAAUUUUCGAGGAAUAGCAAUAGCAUUAGCAUAUUAGGAAAAUAGAACUGUGACUAUCUUUAUCCAGCGCCGUUUAUGCGUAUAUGCUUGCAUGCUUUUGCUUUCCCUCCGUUCCCGUUGUAAAAGAGUGAACGCGCGCCACUUUUGCAAUAUCCUCUGCCACGACCAGGCUAAUUGUAAUCAAGUAGGGUUAAGAAGGUCACUCCUUGCGUUUAUACGUUGACACUUGCCACCAGCAGCACUGGAUUACUAACUAAGUACUUGCUCACUAGAUUACGUCUACGCACCGAGCAGCUCGAUGGCCACGUGUCGGCGCAGAGUUCUUGCCAGUGGAGCCUAAAAGUCUUCGUCUCAGUCAGCAGUAAUGUCGCCCACUCUCAGAUUCAGAUUUAGUCGAGCAGUAACCCCAAGAACUAUCACUCAAAGAACAUUCUCAAUCUCGUACAGCACUCUUAUGAAAAAAUCGAAAUACUACCUAAACAAUAAGUAAAUAUCGUUACCGACCACGGACCUCAUGCAUUUUUUUAAGUAAACAAAGACGACCAUGCUAACCCCCAGCAAGGACCAGAACUACACUAAAAUACCGACUGCUGAGCACAAUUUGAUUACUUGGAGCACGGCGAACGUAACACCAAAAUAGGAGCGCGACCCAUUGGAUGCUAAUCUUGAUCUUUGAAGAUAUUAUGGGUUGCACUUACGAUGUCGUGGGCAGCAGAAUAUGUUGAGACGAAGAAGAAGUAGAAGUGUAGAUGAAAAAUAGAAGGCGAGUUUGGUAGUUGUGAUGAGUGUUGUUUCAGUGCCACGAGGGUGCAGCAAUGCUGUGCUUCCAAGGACGAAGUGCAAAAAGUUGUUCUCUUUCUGCGUGGCAAAUUCACGACGAGGAACUUAAUUUGUAAAUAUAUGUAUAUCUUUCUUGUUCUUCAAGCCCGCUGCAGUUUUUCAGCCAUUGUGAGGACCAUACACUAGUUUUGACCAAGGAUGAAUUGACCAUUUUGAAAUCAAUUUCGUUGCCGUCUGUGUAGUGCCCGUAUGCAUAGUGCCCGUAUGCAUAGAGCCUGAAGUCUUCACUUUACUUUCAUUCAACAUGUCAGACACAAAUAGAGGUCUUCUUUAGAUUCCGCAUGGAAAGAUGAGCAGCGUUUUUCUCUAUCGCGCCGGGCAGAUACAGCUUGGUGUUGUUCGUGCAAAGUGUUAAGCAUCCACUCCAGAGAAGCUGAUGUCGGUGUUACACAAACAUAAAUUUUCCAUCUAGUUGCUGUUGCUCCAGCUCGAAAAUACUACUGAAACUUACUCGUGUAUUCGUUGUGGGAGGAUAUCAUAGCGGCAGUCGGUUGAAUGUAAAAA